AUGUUUUCGAGUAGGGCUGAGUUUGAUUUUCACAACAUCGUUGAUCCAAUCUCUAUUCAGAGCAAUAAAACAGCAAAAGUUGUUGAAGUUUUGAACCACGACGGCACGUUCACAUAUCAAGUUCCCUUCAUUGGAGCUAUUGUUACAGCGAAAGUUGUGGAAAUCAGUGACAAGAACGCAAAGUGUACAGUGUUUCGUAUUGAAGACACCGACUUGCAACAAGGACUCUCAUUCAGCGCGGUUAUACGAAAAGAAGAUAUGCGAACAGAUGUUAAAUUAGACCAGUUCAAAGUGCGGGAUUGCAUGCUUCCUGGAGAUUACGUGAUAGCAAGUGUCAUUUCAACAGGAGACUCGCAUUAUUUGUUGUCAAUAGCGGAUAGUAGAUUAGGUGUUGUUGCUGUUAAAAGCCCCAAUAAGAAUCUGUGGUUGCCACCAAAUUCUAGCGAAGCGAAAGAUUUGGGAUCUCGUAAGAUAGCUCUGAUACCUAAUACAUUACCUAAGCCGGCGGCUGCAUCAUAA